CUGAGAUGCAGAUUGGUGAGAAAUACAAUCACAAGUAUGGUGUCCCUUUUGAGAGCAAGCCAAGGCCAAAUGGAGCGAUACCCCUCUAAGUCUGAAAUCACUGCAAUGGCUAAAAAAGUUGUGGAAUAUUAUCCUAUGCUGCAGGAUAAUGAUGCAAGCGUAAAACACGAGAGCAUUAAUGCCAAGUUACAAAAAAGGCUGCAAAAUAUGAAAACCCCAGUAAAAAGGCAAGGACCAACACCGGAGAGGGGAUGGCCCAAGAGAAGGCUCACUGACCUCUCCCCAAGGGAUGAAGAAGCUGAUGAUGAAGAUGCUGAUCGCAGUUCUUCCAGUGGUGCAUCUACUCUGUUAUCACCUGUCAGAAAUUCUGACGAUGCCUCCACUUCAUCUGACAAGGAUAGUCGACAAAUACAAGCAAGACAUUACAAAACAUUACAAGAAAUGUGCAAGAAGGCAAAACCAAACCAAGAAGAUGUGUCCCAGCUAUUAGACCUCGAGUUUGAAGCCAGAAGAUCCUUCAUUGACUCAGACACCAUGAAAGAGGAGAACAGAGCUCGCCUCAUCUUGGAUGCAUAUCCAUGCUUUAAAGAAUUGCAUCAUGCAUUGGGUGAGCUUCGCAGAAUUUUGGAUCCCCACAACAACAAGUUCAUCAGUCAAAUAAAACUGAGAUGGGAAGAAUUCUGCUCCAGGGUAGAGUUCUACUGUGUGUCAAAGAAGGCAAUGAAUCCACCAAUGACCAUGGACAAAACUGAAGCCCACCUUGCACUGAUGAAGGCUCUUCCAACGCUCUUUCCCACACCUGCCCAUCCACCAAAAAAGAUGGGGAAUGCUUCUGAUGCAUUUCUACAUGUCCUGAAGCCUACAGAAGAUCCAGAUGCUGUCCUCCAGAAACGAGGCUUGUCAUGUCCAGUAGUGAUGUUCGAUGGAUGCAAGUGUGUCAUUGCUGUUGGUAAUUUACCAGUUACAACAUUUGACAAAGAAAAACUUGGUGAGGCUAUGAUAUAUGUGAUGGCAUACUUUUAUGCACUCCAUCUGACUUACCCCAAAUGCGUGGCAACCCUGCUGUCUGUCAUUCAGACAGAAGUUCUCCAGGAUGCCAUUCAUGAGCAUGACACUACAUCAUCUUACAGAAAAGCCCUGGCAGAAUGGCAUGCAUUUAUUGGAAAGUAGUGUGUAAAUUUCAGAUAAGAUUAUGAG